AUGGUGUCCUUCAAGUCACUUCUCGUCACCGCCACCUUGGCUGCUGUCUCGAUAGCUAAGGACUACUACAUCGACCCCGAUAGUGUUCCUUUGUCAACAAGACAGAACUGGUGCAACUCGGAGACGUCGACGUGCCCCCUCAUCUGCCAGCAGACUACCAGCAAACCGACCCUGGUCAACGAGUGCAAUCCUAAAACGUUGAGCUAUGGCUGUCUCUGCGGUGACAACAAGCAGCCUAAUGUGUCCGAAUACACCCUGACGCUGCCCUUCUUCAUCUGCCAAGAAUACGUCGUCCAGUGCCGAACCAACUGCGGAUCAGACAACACGUGUGCUUCUAACUGUGCCGAGGAGAACCCUUGCGGUGCCACUGAUCCCAAGCGGUACAACGCGACGUCCACUGCUACGACGACAUCCGCCGAGGCCACCUCUACCACGGCAGGCCCCGACACCAUCUUCACCGGUACCCCCGGCGGAGGAAGCAGCAGCAGCAGCGGCAAGGGCAAGUCGAUGGCAGCCCCCGUGGUUGAGGUUGGACGAGCCUACGGACUGGCUGUUCUCUUCGGCAGCAUGUUUGUUGGAUUUGCUAUGCUGUAA